GGAAUCUUUAGGGAAAAAAUCGGAGAAAUGUCUUAUCUCCCCGAACCAGAAGGAGACAAGUGGAAAUGAACAAAUAGUGGUUGUUUUUGGUGUAUAUACAUCUUGAUGUCUCCUUGUUGUCACGGUGAAAAGCAAUACAGAUCCUAUCACAUCUUUCUUCAAUUUUACUUCUUGGCGAACAUAAUCAUCUCGACAAAACUAAACAGUAGAGCAUUUCGGAAUCAUGGUUGUGCCAUUUAAUGACAAACUGACGCUUUUACCACAUGCAAAAGGUUCGUGUAUAGGUUUAGUUGAGCCAAAUAAGGUUCAAAAGAUACUUCUUAUCAAUCCGAACAGUACCAAGCUGAUGACUACCAACUGUAUCAAAAUGGUAGAACAGUAUGUGCCGCCAGAUGCAAUAGUAUACGGUUACACAGCGCCUGAGACGGCACCCACUACUGUUGAAGGACAUUUAGAUGGUGUUAUUUCCUCUGCAGAUGUUAUGCGGGAUGCGUAUAGUUUGAUUGCGCAAGCCGAUGCCUGCCUUGUUGCUUGCUUUUCCGAGCAUCCGUUGAUAAAUUGUAUUCGUGAAGAGUUUGACAUUCCAGUAUGUGGGAUUAUGGAAGCCGCAAUUUAUAGUGCCAAGAUAAUUGGAGGGAGGUUUGGCAUUAUCACUACGGUUUAUAGAUCUCAGAUAAGGCACGAGGAUGGGGUGAUGAAUUACGGAAUAAGCAACGGGUGUGCUGGUCUGCUUUCGACUGGCUUGAAAGUUGCAGAGCUACAUACAAAACCAAGGGAGGAAGUUCUAGAGAUUAUGAGAAAUGUGGCAACCAAGUUGAUUACGGAAAAGGAUGCAGAUACCCUCCUUUUGGGUUGUGCUGGAAUGACCGAUAUGAAACUAGCUGUAGAAGAUGCGGUUAAGCCAUAUGGAGUGAUUGUAAUCGAUGGAGUUGUUUCCGGUGUGAACAUUCUCUCAGGGCUUGUGCGUUCUGGUCUGAAAACCUCCAAAAGAGGAUUAUUUUGCAGUUCUCUUGAAUCUCGUACUGCUCGUGGCCAAAAUUGGCUCUGAUUAUCAUAUAUCGCUUCAGUUACUAGAAAUUUAUACAGCACUGCAAAAUCUUAUUCACAAUUUUGAUGGUAGACGUUGAACGAGUUCUGAGACUAGUUCGGCAGCACCCCAACUCAUUUCAAAACCAGAACUGCCAAAACCGUAACAGUGAACUAUUUGAGUAUUUUCAGUGAACUCUUUUUCCAAUCUUACACCACCUUUUCUCAUUGGUCUGAAACCAACAUUAACUUUCUUCACAUCUAGAGUAGCGUUUCCG